CGCCCAGCUGAACCUCAUCUUGCAACGGCUGCAUUGCAGGAUGCAGCUGAGAUAAAACUUUGGUUAUUGAUGUCUAGCGUUCUGGCAGUCUCGCUGUACACUGUGCGUUGGUACCAAAUUGAUUGGUCUCCGAUGAUAAUAAAGAUCCCCCUUUCCCCUGGAGUCAGAUCUAGAUCUACCACCAUACCGGAGUGCAAUGAUCGUCGAGCUUAUACGCGACAGCAUGAUCGGUCAGCUCCUUCGACUUACCUUUUCGCCACGAUGCCUACGCUAUCCUGAUGAACGACGAUUCCAAGCGAUAACGAGUGAUUGUCAGAGAACUAGUCAUGCGUCGACAGACUCGAGCGGCACAGACGAUACGUUGGCUUCCAAGUCUGAGAGCAAGGUCAAAAUAAUCACAGUGAUACCGCUUGAGCCAUACCCGGUCACAGAUGUAUCUGCCCCAGCCCUCAGAGGGCUCAGACAUAUUGAUGCUGUUGAUCCCAAGGAAUGGCCAACAGUGAUCAAGUGGAUCGUUGCUGCGCAAAUCUGCUUGUACACAUUCGUGGUAUAUCUUGGCUCGUCCAUUGUCUUGGCUAGCCUGCCCUUUAUUCAACUAAGAUAUGAAGUGACUGUGACAUUAUCAUCAUUGACUAUCGCUACUUACGUCUUCGGCUAUGGCUUUGGCGCUCUCCUCUUCUCGCCUCUCAGCGAAAUCGAAUUUGUCGGUCGCAAUGGACCAUAUCUGGUCAGUUUUGCAUGCUUCGUAGCCAUAUCAGCCGCUACAGCUGCAUGCGAUAACUUUCCGGGCCUCGUGAUACUUCGGUUUGCACAAGGUAUUUUUGGAUCUCCAGCGCUUGCAACUGGUGCGGCGUCAAUGCAAGAUAUGCUGUCAGUACAAUAUCUGCCAUUGGCUUUCCUGGGCUGGAUGGGCGCUGCCACACUGGGUCCAGCUUUGGGUCCUAUCGUGUCUAUCUUCAGCGUUCUCGGUGACGGAUGGAGAUUGCCACUCUGGGAGAUAUGCUACGUCUCAGCCUUUGUCUUUGUGAUCAUGUCGGUCAUUUUGCCUGAGACAUAUCAUACAAAACGACUGUUUGACCAGAGACGGCGACUCGCCGUUCUGACGCAAAACUCGGAUCGAGAGCCACAGCAUUCCGUCCAGCUCAGCCAUAUCUUCGAGAAGCAUCUGAGUCGCCCAGUCAAGAUCAUGCUGACGCGUCCGGCAGUGGCAUUUGCCAACAUCUACACAUGCCUGAUCUACGGCUUGUACUACACCUUCUUCGAGUGCAUCCCAAGGGUAUAUCUCCACAUAUACCACUUUACCUACACAGAAGUGGGAUUGAGCUUUCUUAGUAUCGCGAUUGGUGCUUUACUGGGUGGCCUUGCGAUAUUCAUGUGGUUCAUGAGCUCAACGCGAUCGACUUCUCACCGCGGUCCUCACGCGAAGCCCGAACGGAAUCUCAUGCCUGCAUUGUACGCAUCUGUGACGAUGCCUGUAGGACUUCUUCUGUUCGCCUGGACGUCUCGACCGAACAUACACUGGGCGAUAUCGUUGAUCGGGAUGACAACAUACACAGCGAGCAUGUUCGUUGUGUUGCAAUGUCUCGCCAACUAUCUUAUCUUGGUACAUCCGGAAGAUGCGGCGUCUCUCUUUGCCGGAAACGAUUUCAUGCGAGCGACGACGGCAGCGGCCGCCAUCGUGGCCAGUCAUCCGAUGUACGAUGGCUUGGGUGUUGCUUGGGGAGUGUCUCUAUUAGCAGGUUUGACAUGCAUUUGCUCCCUAGGUCUCUUUUGGUUGUAUCGAGCUAGCCCAAGACUGUAUGAUACGGGACAAGGCCUAGGUGCGACAGAAGAAACCUAGCAAGCAAGGUGGCAUUCAACGCUGCCCAAGACAAAUGAGACAAUGGAAACACUUUGACCAGACUUGGAACGAGAUUGUGUAAUUGUCGACUCGCGGCCAUGAUCUGAAAAAUCGAGCUCCUAUUUGGUGGAAAUACAGGGAGGCUCUGCAAUGACUGGUGCGAAGAUGGAACACAAUGCGACGGUAAAGACAGCAGAGGCGAUGUAGAAGGGUAAGGACGCGGGAGCGAGACGAUACUGGAAAGUUUGUAGUGUCUCGUCAAGAU